UGCGCACUGCGGUAACUCUCAACUGUAACAACUUUCUACCGAAAAAAGUAAUCUCAUUCCUUUUCCUCGACUUCAUCUCUGCCAACGUCGCGCAUCCUGAACUGUGCCCCCCCGGGUAAGAGUUCUCAUGAGGACAGGCCCUUUUAAUUUUCAGUCUCCGGAACGACUACGAAGCCAAAUGCGCGAAGCCACGACCAACACGACCUCCCAUCCUUUUGGCAGCAACACCUAGACACAUUCAUUCGCCGGCACACCUACCACAGUUUUUGGAACACAAGAGACCUUCGGCUUCGAUAGAACCAUGCAGUUUCUCUCUCUCUUGAUCCCGAUAGCCUAUUUAGGCAUUCUGAUCGGCAGUCUCGCCACGUUCUCGCACCUCUACCGCCAACGGCAGAUCAAGUCCAAACUCAGAUUGGCACCGUACUUUCCCACGCACACGUCCCGCAAUGUCUACCUCUCGCUCCUACACAUGCAGGAUUCGGAAGACGUCAAGGUCCCCGAGACCGUCCUGCGCGCCGCGUUGCUGGCCCGCGCGGUCGAAGACUGGCAGCGGAUCCAGGAGAUCCGGACCCGGAAGCCCGCCCUCGCACAACUCCUGCAGCGCGGCGUCGUGGGCGACGAGAUCUUUCAACGUCUCCAGCGCGCCGAGACGGAAAUCGAGCUCGAGGUGAAGGACGUCAUGAACGAGGCGAACGCCCUGGCUCCGAAUUGGGGCAACCACAUCUUCCAGAGCGCCAACGAGAUGCUCCUGAACAAGAUGCUGCGGGACAAGCUGGAGGUCGUCAAGGCGACCCUGCCUGCGGAACAGGAGGCGUGGGCCGCGCAGCGGGAGAAGUCGAGGCGAGAGCUCGAGGGCGACGACGUGGUGGCCGCCGCCGCCGCGCAGGAACAACAACCACAACAACGUUCAACCGAAACCUCAACGCCGGAAAAGGAGAAGCCUCUUCUGAAAGCGGGGAGUAGUGACGAAGACGGUGUGAUGGUCGAGACGCCUGCUGCCGAAGUAGCUGCCACCGCCGCUGGUACCGGCGGGUCCAGUGCUAAUAAGAGUAAGAAGAAGAAGGGGAAGAACUGAAAGUAUUGGUAACAAAUGUAACAACAAAAAAGCCUUUUCCGAAGAAAAGGGAAAUUUUAUGAGCGCGCAUAGCAGGCUGUCCACUGAGACACAAGAUUUGCAUUUGGCAUACUUCAAAAACCCGGGGCGGAGUGAAUGCAUGGAUUUUUCAUGCUAUGAUACAGGUGCUACUACUAUUAUACAAUUAUGUAUGCUGACAGAUGCCACAUUUCUACUACACCAAA